AUGGACCUUGCCCUGUUCCUGGGCCAUAUUGGUCUUCACGGCGUUCUCUUCACCCCACACAGCGUGCAAAGUUCCCCAAAAAGCGAGAACACACAGAGCCUCGGUGUGCCCCGGCACGUGGAUGAUGACGACACGCGGGAGAAGGAAUGCUUCAGCCCGAUCGAGCUCGACAGUCCCACGGUCGCACGUGAGAGGCAUUUCAGCGAGACGUCCUCCGUCAUUGUCCCCCAGGUCAUCAGUACGAACAUCACCUGGCCAGAUGCCCACAGCCUCGACACGACGGACAAGUCGGUGGCGACCGAAGUCGUCGCCGCACCAAACGCCAGGCAUAGUGGUCUAGUCCCGAGGGGAGUAGGAACAUUAUGGAGACGGAUGUCCAAGACGGUCCGGAACGUUCUGCUGGUGGUCGUGAUAUUCGUCGUCAUCGUGGUGGUGGCCACUGUCCUCGGCGUCCUCCUCGGGCGUCGGCAAGAAGAUGAAAAGGACACAAACCCAGGCCAGUACGACAUCCUCGGCACGUCAAAGCUUGCCGCAGUCGCCUUCCAGAACGAGGGCAACACGACAGACAAGUCGGUCUUCUUCCAGCUCUCCGGGUCCUUGGCCAUCAUGCGCGCGCGGUGGAACAACUCAGAUGUGGGCUGGACGUUCGAGAACGUCUCGCAAUCCAUGACUGACGGCGGAUCGUCCGUCUUCCCCAGGGCUGGCACGCCGCUCACCGCCGUAGCUCCGGACGCAGUAGACCGAGACGACCUGCCGCACUUCUGGGUCGACCUGUACUUCAUGUCGAUGUCCAACGUACCUUACCAGAUCUGGACGUGGAGCGUGCCGCAGACGGACCCCUCCAAGGACCUGCUAUGGCAUCAGGAGGGUCUGCAGACAUACCAGGUCAUAUUCACCACAGGCUUCGCGAGGGGCUCGCAGCUGGCCGCGUACCGCGACCAGUGCGCGGCGGACAGGUGCUCGCAGCACAGCCGGCUGCUCUACCAGGGUGCCAACAACGACUUGAUGCUCGCGUCGAGCCCGGUCCAGAACUGGAUGAUAUGGAAUGUGACAAACCUCUCGGGUGACGAGGUGCCUGAGCUGCGGCUGCCGCAGCUGGAGAUGAACUCCAGUCUCGCCGUGACGAGGUUCUCACCAGGCCCCGGGGUGGAGCCGAGCGGGAUGCGGAUGUACUACGACGUGAGCCACCAGUUGGAGGAGUACAUAUUCGUGAAUGGGACGUGGACGAACGGUAGCUUUGAGGCAUCGCUGGGCGAUCAAGUCACGCCGCCCGAUGUGGCCGUCGUGGCGUACGCAAGCGAGACCGGCAACGUCGACAGCGAGGGCGGCCUGGGCCAUACCCUCAUCACAAUCCUUUUCCAGAACGGUACCGUCGUCCUGCACUGGCAGAAGUCCCUGGGCGGGCCGUGGCAGACGGGGCUGGCGCCAGCGGAGGUGAAUGCGACGGCCCUAGCUCUUGAUUAUGACUUACGGGCAUACUCUCUGUCCCCCGGUGGGCUGAUCCAGGAGUGGCAGAUCGACGGGUCUGAUCCGACUCUGUGGAGGCUGAUCAGUAAUGUGACGAGAGCGCAGGGCUAA